CGACAGCUCAAGACAUGAUCGAUUUAUCCAACACCCACUAUUAAUUGAAAAUACUUACCUACAAUUUCAAUUUUUGAAAUAUAACACUCAGAUACUACGCUUCCUUUUGUAGAGGUCGCAUCGGCAAAUUAUCUCAAAAUCUAGUUUCAACUUCCGGAGCUUCGAGCUUGUGAAGCUUUCAACAUUCAGCGCAUCACAAUGUCAGCCUCUACCAGAUUACGACCAUGUAUUCGCUGUCAGCGACUUCAGACAGCUAGAAAAUACUCAUCCACAACACCAGCACCCAUAAACCCCAAUCCAAACAUCCGAUCCGCCCUCUCCUAUCACUGGGACACCCUUCCCCCAACCCGCGAACAACUCACCCACGCAGCAACCUUCUUCGAGCGCCGACCUCCCGAGUUCCUCUGGUCUGCGGAGAAAUUCAAGAACAUGGAAUUCAGCACCAGCCCCGAAGUAUGCGUACUAGGCCGUUCCAACGUCGGCAAAUCCUCCCUCCUAAACGCGCUCCUCAACAAGAAAAUCGCACAUACAAGCGCACAGCGAGGAAGGACAAAACUCAUGAACGCGUUUGGAGUCGGUGGUCUGGAUAGAGGGAAUCCGUUAGUGGUGCUGGAUAUGCCUGGGUAUGGACAUGGCGGGCGAGCCGCGUGGGGUGUGCAGAUUAUGAAGUAUUUGGAGAAGAGGAAGGACUUGAGGCGGGCCUUCUUGUUGGUUGAUGCUGAGCAUGGGGUUAAGGAGACGGAUUUACAGAUUCUGGCGCUGUUCAAGAGUCAGAGGAUUCCGUAUCAGGUUAUUCUGUCGAAGGUGGAUAAGGUACUUUAUGGCAAAGGGAAGCCAGGGAGUGCAGUACGGCCAGAGAAUUUGGCGGUGCUGGCGAGGAAGAUGGAGGACGUCAGGGAUGCGAUUCAGCCGAAUACUGAGGAGGAUGGGGCAUUGGUUGGGGAGGUUAUUGCUUGCAGCUCGCAAAUCUUGAUGGCUGGGAAGAGACCGGGUAUUAAUGCUGUUCGGCAUGCGAUGUUGCAAGCUGCUGGCUUGGAGUUGAAGCCGAAAGUCAAGCUCGCUAGAGUGGAAGAGAUCAUCUCUUAUGAAGAGUUAUUUGGGAUGAAAGACAGACAGAAAAGUGGAGCCGAGGCUGUUAUAAAAUGAAUGCAGAUUUUCAUCAAAAGUUCGA